GUGGAUUUAGUAUUCAUAUGGUAUUUUCUUCAGCAAUUGCAUAUUUAGUUGAUGCAUAUUCAAUUCAUACAGCUUCUAUAAUGUCAGUAAGUGAUUCGUUGGCAUUUAUAUUCUCAGGAAUCAUGACCAUAUUAACCCCUCUCAUAGUAAAUUUAAUAGGAUAUGGUUGGAUGUUUACUAUAUUAGCUGGUGCGAAUUUAAUUGGAAUGAUUUUUUCAAUUUUAGUAUAUUUUAAAGGAAAAAAUUGGAGAGAAAGAAGCAUGCAAGAUUAA